AUGUACAACGAAUGUAUUCUUAUAUUACUGUAUAGUCUAGUUAAAACCGUUAUCAAUGUGCCCGAAUUACGGUCAUGGGCAGAGAACCGAUUUAUCAGUUGCGUGUAUUGCCUUAACUACGAGAAGCCCCAUAUAAUUCUCAACGCGUGUAGCGCGCGGAACCCAUUGUAUUGCACAGGAAAUAGCUGUUUUAUGAAGAUCGAACCCAUUGAAGAUAUUCAAAAGCCGCAAGUAUUCUGGCCAGGCGAAUUUGAGAAUCAACUCAAAUCGAAACGCGCGCCGCGUGAUCGCUCAUCAACGCCGAGCUCAUUAAAAUCUUUGAACAUUGAAACACCAUCAUCACAAAGAAACUCUGUAACGACAUUAAGCACCGUUGAAGAAAGUGGCGAAACAGUGAGUAACGUUAGCGAGAAAGUUCCAAAACAAAGACGGCAAGAAGAAAAAAUUGGCGAACACGAACAAGACAACCAUUCAUCACCAGAGAACACGGAGACAUCGGGAUACUAUUUGGAUGAAUACCUAGACACGCCGAUUCUGGCAAAAGCAGCAAACAAUGGGUUCCUACUAGCAACUAGUAGUUUGAUAUCGCCACAAGAACCAGAAAAUGACUAG